UAAAUUAAUUUGUGACUUAAUCUGUGCGUUAAAGAUUCUAUGUUAUGCACAAUUGGAGUAAUUCUCUAUUCAAAUAUGUAUAGAGCACAGUAUAACGAUUCAAAACUCAACACAGCACUGUACAUCACAAUCAGAUAUUUUAUUUGAUACUGUACAUGACAUAAAUAAUCAAAGACUUCAACACAAUAUAGAGGAUUUAAAGCAGAUAUUUAUUGAAAGAGAUGAAUAAACAUUAUGUUUAAGCUUAACAUUAUAUUCUUGUCUUACCACAUAAGUUUAGCAGGUUGUCCGUUUUUAAAAACAACAUCAAAAGCUUCUUUAGUCACGUGCACAAACAUCAGGGUCCGUUCAUUUAAGAGCGCCAAAUCGAUCGAAAAUCACUAUGGGUUUACUCUCACAUCUAUAAGGUAUAAAGUAAAUAAAGAACAUUAAUAAACAGCUAAAGUAAUAUCAGGCAGUGACGAAAAACAAGACCGUUAACGUUUAAAUGAUGCGAGCGCGCGGCUCUUUGCAGAACAGAAAAGGCACGUGCGCGCACCUAUCAGACCUAUCAGAAGCGCGCACUAAAUAAAUAGAAACGCGGUUUUAAUUGUGGUAUCGAAUUAAACUCCUGUUUAAUAGCUGUCAGAAGUCGGAUUUAUUGCAUUCGUCUUGACAUUAUAACAGAUUUUACUCUGAUCAUAAAUUUUCCACAAUAACAAAAUAAAUAGAAAUGACCAGGUUCUUUAAUCAAAUGCCCAGGUUAUCUGAAGACGAGUACAUCACGUCGCUACGACGUUCUCCAUGGGAUUAAUUCACAACUUUAUUUGAGGAUGUGGCUAGGACGUUUCUGGACGUAAGCAACAGAUACAUUAAUUAAAGGACCAGUGUCCAGGUUAUCUGAAGACCAGUACAUCACGUCGCUACAACGUUAUCCAUGGGAUUAAUUCACGACGUUAUUUGAGGACGUUUCUGGAACAUCAGCAAAAAUUCUAAGAAACAUAACGUUGCAAAGACGUCCUCAGAACGUGGUCAAAAAGUAAUGUCAUGGUGACCAAAUGAAGACGAACUGGCGACGUCGUCAGAACGUACUGCGUUAGCUGGGAUUGUAUGUAUAAACAAUAAAAUAUGAAGUAUUACACCGUAUUUACUUUUUUUACUUAUUUAAGUUUAAGUCACUUUUGCAGGAAAGCAUAAGACAAAACGCAAAAAUAAAUGUGGUCAUAAAUAUAUGGUUUUGUAUAAUAUUAGGCCUACGGCUUUUCAAACGGCAAAAAUCUGCAUUUAUGAAUAAAACUUAAUACAGAACAAUUCAUUAUAAAUAGUCUAAAAUGUGUUAAAAUAAUCCAUUAAAAUAAUUAUUUCAACGUAACUUAUUUAAUUAAAGGAAACAUAAAUCCCUGGCUUUUCUUUCAAGUCUAACGUGACGUUGGCGGAUGUUGUCAAAUCAAAACCGGAAGUCCGCCCGUCAUACGCAGAUCUGCACGAGAGAUGGUUUUACUCGGUUAUUUAAUUUAAAUAUUGUUUUAAUGUUUCUAUUAUACGUAUAUGUUUAUACGUUUAUGAAGAGAUGAGCUGUGCAGUGAUGUUACAGACUCAGAUUUCCGCCAUCUUGGAUGUGCUCGUGAAGGCGGCGGUGGCGGAGAUCAGUCAGCUGCUCGAGGACGAUGCCGCUGCGCUUCAUGACGAGAUCCAGAAGAGAAACGACGAGAUCCAGAAGAGAAACGACGAGAUCCAGAAGAGAAACGACGAGAUCCAGGGACUGAAGGCUCGUCUGAUUCUCACCGAGACUCAACUACAGCGACUCACUGCGGACAGAUGCUCCGUGGCCGUGCAGGUGGAGAUUAUGGAGGACACUAGUGUGACGGUCCAUUCACAAAAGCCCCAAGCUGAUCGUUACGAACGGGAGAAGACGGCCACGACCAGCCCAGAAAAAAACUUCUCAGAGGAGAAGCCACGCUUGUCACACAUCACCGGAAAAGAGGAGGAGAUGAUGUCAUCAGAAGAGCUCAGAGCGCCGCCUGAAGAUGAGGAUCUCAGUGGACUUGAAUUUGAGAUGAAGAUCGAACAGGUGGAGGAACUCGUUGAUCGGAAACUAAAUGAAAUUCAGGCAGAGCCAAGCAGUGACGGACAGAAUCACAGUGAACAUCAUUUAUGGCCGUCGGGAGGACGUCUGGAGAGUCACAUGGAGUCCGAGCAUCGAUCGCAGAGUUUUACGGACUCAUUCGUGUCGAUGGAAGAUCAGAUGAGUUCGGGGUUUUUUGGCUCUGGUGGGAUGUUGGACAACGAGAGCUUCAGCACUUUAGGAAAUAAAGACAUUGAGUGCAGCUUGAAUGUCCUGACACGACAGGAUUCCCACAGACGAUCACCAACACUGCCCACAACCGGCCAAAUGGACUCAGAUGCGCUUAGCAGAUUUUCAUCGACUCAUUCCAGCUCAUGUUUGCCGAAAACAUUCACGCACAGUGUGUAUGUAGAAGACCACCCGCGCAGCCACGCGAGGCCAAAACCGUUCCGAUGCGAGGAGUGCGGUAAAGGCUUCACGCAGAAAACACGCUUAAUAACACACAGACGUGUACACACGGGUGAAAAACCCUUUCGCUGUCAGCUGUGCGGUAAGACAUUCUCCAGACAGGACAACUGUCUCCGGCAUGUGCGCUUGCACAAUGCACAGCGCUGAUAACCGCACACGCUAAGAGACGACUACUUUUCUCUGUCGAAGUAACAUUUUCAGAACUGUGCGUAUGUUCAGUUCUGCACAUUGAAGCUGUGAUCUGUAACUUUUCUCUCUCUGUCUGUUUGAAACAUUAUAUUAAAGGGAUGCUUCAACCAAAAAUGACAUUUCGCUCUGAAAGGGAUAGUUCACCAAAAAAUGAAAAUUCUGUCAUCAUUUACUCUCCUUCAGUUGUUCCAAA